UGCAUUGUGGUCUGACACCUCCCGCUUGGCUCACACUCUGCAAAAUGGCGACGUCUCUAGGAUCCAACACCUACAAUAGACAGAACUGGGAAGACGCGGAUUUUCCAAUUCUGUGUCAAACAUGUUUAGGAGAAAACCCAUAUAUCCGCAUGACCAAGGAGAAGUAUGGGAAAGAGUGCAAGAUUUGUGCUCGUCCAUUCACUGUGUUCCGAUGGUGCCCGGGGACACGGAUGCGUUUUAAGAAGACUGAGGUCUGUCAGACCUGCAGUAAAAUGAAGAAUGUUUGUCAAACAUGUCUGCUGGACCUCGAGUUUGGUUUGCCUAUUCAGGUCAGAGACACCGGGCUGUCAGUUAAAGACGAGGUUCCUAAGUCGGAUGUUAACAAAGAGUACUACACACAGAACAUGGAGAGAGAGAUAGCCAAUUCUGAUGGCACACGGCCAGUGGGCCAGCUGGGUAAAGCGCCCAGCUCUAGUGACAUGUUGCUGAAACUGGCCAGGACCACGCCAUACUACAAGAGGAACAGACCACACAUCUGCUCCUUCUGGGUGAAAGGAGAGUGUAAGAGAGGGGAGGAAUGUCCCUACAGACACGAGAAGCCCACCGAUCCUGAUGAUCCUCUGGCCGACCAGAACAUCAAGGACCGUUACUACGGCAUUAAUGACCCUGUGGCUGACAAGCUGCUGAAACGGGCCUCAACUAUGCCGCGUCUUGACCCACCAGACGACAAGUCCAUCUCCACCCUCUACAUCGGAGGAUUGGGAGACACUGUCACUGAUGGAGAUCUCAAGAGUCACUUCUACCAGUUUGGAGAGAUCCGCACCAUCACCAUAGUCCAGAGGCAGCAGUGUGCCUUCAUCCAGUUUGCCACUCGGCAGUCAGCUGAAAUGGCUGCUGAGAAGUCCUUCAACAAACUCAUCAUUAAUGGACGGAGGCUCACUGUCAAGUGGGGAAGGUCUCAGGCAGCAAGAGGGAAGGAGGGUGUCAAAGAAGGUGUCAGUGAGAUGGGCACCAGACUUGAUCCUGUACCUGGACUGCCUGGAGCUCUUCCUCCACCUCCAGCUUUAGACGAAGAAGCUCCUGCUAACUACUUCAACCUGGACCCUAGCAGCUCUCCUGCGGUCAUGAACAUCGCUCUGCCCCCCCCUCCAGGCAUCAACCCGCCUCCUCCAGGUUUUGGCCCUCCAAUGUUUCACCCCAUGGGUCACAUGGCUCCACCUAUGCCCCCUCCAAUGAGCAUGAGACCUCCUGGUCAAAUCCACUACCCCUCCCAGGAUCCUCAGCGCAUGGGAGCCCACGCUGCACAUGGCGCACGUCAAGGCGAAUAGCCCCCCGAGUGACCCCGUACUGCCAUUCUGUUCCCUACUUCAAACCUGGUCAGGUGCUUUCACUUCAGAUGCUGUCAGCGGGCCUGAAUCCUGCAGACUACUUCUGGCAGGAAACCUCGUCAUGUCUUACCGGAUAACAUCAGAUUUAUUAGGCCACCUGCAGUGAAGUGAAUGAACUGAACAAGCACCAUCUGUGUCUAGAGAGAAGACAGCCAGGAUAUUCCAAGAUGACUUUGUCUCUUCUCACAGUUAAUAAGUACUCGAGCGGCAUCAGCAGACUUCAUACACCGGCCCCUGUGAUCAGGGCCAGGGUUUACACAGGCUCCUGUGUUGGAGCUGUUGUAUAUAUUAAAAUGUAUACUUCUGUUUAAUUAGUUUUUGUCACAUCUUGCAACAUGGAGUAGGAUUCUGAGGAGCAUUUUUAAAGCUGUUAAUUUUCAGUAAUUCUUUUUUUAUUUGACACAAUCUUAAUAUUCCACAGCAUAUUGACUUUGUUUAUUGUAAGGCUUUCUUUUCAAUGUUGUUUUCACUUGUCAUUAAAAUGAGGCCAUUUUGACAUUGA